AUGCUGUCUUUGAAAAUUGCAGUGGGUCAGCUUUGCUCAUCAUCCAAUCUUUCCCAGAAUCUUCGUGUUGUGAAGAAAUUGUUACAAAAAGCUCAAUUAGAAAAAGCUCGUCUACUUUUUCUACCAGAAGCAACCGACUAUAUUUCUAGAAAUGCCAACCAUUCAAUUGAGUUAUCCCAAGAGGUUCAAAGCAAUUUCUUAUCUCCAUUGUUGGAUUAUGUCAAGUCUUUAAAUGGGUCGACCUACUUAUCAAUUGGAAUACAUUUGCCAGGGAAAAAGAGAGUUCGAAAUGUACAUGUUUUGAUUGACCCCAAAGGUGCCAUAGUUUCCGAAUACCAAAAAGUGCAUCUAUUUGACGUUGACGUGCCAAAUGGACCAAUAUUGAAAGAGCUGAAUUCUGUUGAGCCAGGAAACAAGAUUGAGGAUCCCAUCCCCAUCGAUGAUUUUAAACUAGGGUUGGGUAUUUGCUACGACAUUAGAUUCCCUGAAUUGGCUUUGAGGCUCAGGAGAUUGGGGAGUGAUAUCAUUACAUUUCCUAGUGCAUUUACAACUCGUACAGGGGAAGCCCAUUGGGAGUUGUUAUCCAAAGCUAGAGCCAUCGACUCUCAAUGCUUUGUCAUUAAUGCAGCUCAAUGUGGACAACACCAGGUUGGAACAGACCCUAAUGAUUUAUCAAAAGUAAUAAAAAGAAUAAGUUAUGGUGAUUCCAUAAUCGUCGACCCAUGGGGUGAAGUUUUAGCACGAGGGGAAAAGUACACUGACGAGUUGAAACAUGACGACGAUGGUGACUAUUAUGAAUUGAUCCAAGCAGAAUUGAAACUAGAUGAUUCAGAAUCAAUCAGAAAAAACAUGCCAUUAUUAGAUCAUCGAAGGCCAGACGUUUUUGGGUACGAGAUAUAG